AAGAGCAAACCACGCGUGAAGACUUAAUUGAAGCUCUCAAAAAUGCAAGUCUUGAUUUUCAAAGUGUUGCAAGAGCAGAAAAAAAGAAAGAAACAUUAAAACAAAUACAAGAAGCAGAGGGAAAUAAUGAAAUUAUCACAGAUAGCACAGAAAUUAAAGAUACAGCAAAAAACCAUUUCUGUAACUGGACUAGAAAACGCAAUAUGAAUGAAAAUCUCAUGGAAAAAUGGAAAACAACAUAUAACCUAAGAGACGAGAUUGAGGAAAAAUGA